AUGGUCCGCAUCAGUGAGGAUCUGAUCCGCCGCAGAGCAGAACACAAUAAUGGGGAGAUCUUUUCCCUGGAGGAGGUUUCCCUCCAUCAGCAGGACAUCGAGAGGAUCGAGCAUAUCGACAAAUGGUGCAGAGACCUCAAAAUCCUCUACUUACAGAACAACCUCAUCCCAAAGAUAGGCUGUGAGAGCUUACAGAAACUAGACCUGACGGUGAAUUUUGUGGGUAAGCUGAGCAGUGUGGAGUCUCUGAAGCAGAACGUUCUUCUCAGAGAGCUCUACCUGGUGGGAAACCCUUGUACUGAAUUUCACGGAUACAGACAGUAUGUGGUGUCAUGUCUGCCUCAACUACAGUGGUUGGAUGGGAAAGAAAUCAGGCGAGGUGAGCGUAUUCAGGCCCUGCAGGAACUGGACGCAGUGAGGAGACAUGUUUUAGAGCAGGAGGCGGAGUAUUUAGAGAAAAGAGAGGAACAAAAAAUAAGUGGUUUGAAAGAGACAACAGAAAAGCAGGAGGAUCCUCAAAUAAACCAAUUGCUCUCUGAAAACCAAAACGGGACCCAUCAGAAUCCAGAAUCAAGCUCCAAGGCCCACACCGAGGAUAAAGAGAAGGAAUUCUGGGAAAAGCCAUGCCCAUUCACACCAGAAUCCAGACUAGAGGCCCAUCGCCAUCUGGAGGACAAGAGAAGGGCCAAAGAGAAAGAGAGAGAGAAGCCUAAAACCAAAACCCCUAGAACUCUGAUUACUGCAGAUGGACGAGUGCUGAACAUCAAUGAGCCCAAGUUGGACUUCAGUCUCACUGAGGAUGAGAACAACUGCAUGCGUUUGGAAAUACAUGUUUACAGGCAUAUGGACACCUCACUGCUGGAUGUGGAUGUUCAGCCAACAUACGUGAGAGUGACCGUCAAAGGAAAGGUGUUCCAGCUGGUUUUGCCUGCAGAAGUGACACCUGACAGCAGCACAGCACAGAGAUCCCAAACCACCGGCCACCUGCUCCUCAUCCUGCCUCUGGCACAUGGAGAGAUAAAACCAAAGAAACCCAUUGCCAGGCCGACCAGUGUCACCAGUAAGCACAAUAUCAAGAAAGGGACCAGUUUACAGCGGGAGGUCUUGUGCGGUCACUUUCACACUGAACAAUAUCCCUUGUGUGUGUGCAGGCACCUCUAAUGGGUCUUAAUGCAUGUUUGCAUUAACCCGUGUGACUCUGGAAUUAGUUUGUUGACUCUAAGGAUUUAUUCCAUUGUGCGACUGUGUGUCUGUGCGAGUCCUUCAGUCGGUUUAUCAGCAUAGUAAGUGAACACUGGGGUAUAGCAUUAA